AUGGGAGGCGUAGAGAAGGACUUGGAAGAGAGGCUGCUACAAAAAGGAAGAGAUCAAGAUAAAAGAUCAGAAACUCUACCUUUAACAUGGGGUGCUCUUAUUGAGGAGCUCAAGAGGUUGGGUUUCUUGGCAGGUCCUAUGGUGGCUGUGACUCUAUCACAGUCCCUGUUGCAGGUCAUUUCAAUGGUGAUGGUGGGCCUUCUGGGUGAUGAACUUGCCCUAUAUAGCACUGCAAUUGCCAUCUUUGUUUCUGGGGUCACCGGCUUCAGUCUUCUUUCAGGAAUGGCAAGUGCACUUGAAACUUUAUGUGGGCAAGCCUAUGGAGCUGAGCAAUAUCGAGAACUUGGAGUUCAAACUUACACUGCUAUAUUUUCUAUGAUCCUAGUUUGUCUUCCUCUGACUUUGUUAUGGACCCACAUUGGAAAGUUACUAAUCUUGAUAGGCCAAGACCCUCAAAUUUCCCAUGAAGCUGGAAAAUUCACAAUUUGGCUUGUUCCUGCACUCUUUGGAUACGCGACGCUUCAACCACUCCUUAGAUUCUUUCAGGCACAGAGUCUGGCCAUGCCAAUGCUUAUCUGCUCUGGUGCUACUCUUGCUUUUCACAUAGCCCUAUGUUGGGCUUUAGUGUUCAAGUCUGGACUGGGAAACCUUGGAGCAGCCUUAGCUAUUGGCAUUUCAUAUUGGUUAAAUGUGAUUUUACUCGGAUUAUACAUGAAUUACUCUCCUGCCUGCGCAAACACUCGCGUUCCAAUUUCUAUGGAGCUGUUCCAAGGAAUUGGGGAGUUCUUUCACUUUGCCGUCCCUUCUGCAGCAAUGUUUUGCCUUGAGUGGUGGUCUUUUGGGCUUUUUAUGUUACUUUCUGGACUUCUACCAAAUCCACAGCUUGAAACUUCUUUGCUUUCUGUAUGUCUCGCAACCAUAUCAACACUGUAUGCGAUACCAUAUGGACUUGGUGCUGCAGCAAGUACUAGAAUUUCAAAUGAAUUAGGAGCGGGGAACCCAGAAGCUGCUCGUGUUGCUCUCUUUGCUGCGUUGUUUCUUGCAGUCAUAGAGACAAGUAUAGUAAGCACAACCAUUCUUGCCAGCCGCCCUUUUUUGGGUUACAAUUUUUGCAAUAACAGGGAAAUUGUAGACUAUGUAACAGCCAUGGCUCCCCUAAUUUCUCUGUCAAUUAUUCCGGACAGCUUACGAGGGGUACUCUCAGGUAUUGCUAGAGGAUCUGGGUGGCAGCAUAUAGGGGCUUGUGUCAACCUGGGGGCAUUCUAUCUUUGUGGACUUCCAGUUUCUGCAUUUCUAGGUUUCUGGGUACAGUUCAGAGGAAGGGAGCUUUGGAUUUUUAUACAAACCGGUUCUUUUGUCCAGACAGUUCUGCUCUCUAUUAUAACAAGUUGCACAAACUGGGAAAAACAGGCCAGCAAGGCAAGGGAGAGGAUAUUUGCUGGAGACUUCCAAUAGAUAAUGACAUAAAUCAGCAGAAAAUUUUGGUGGAGCUAAAGUUUCAUACUCUAAAGUUUUUUUUGGUGGAAUACCCCAAAUCAGUACAACCCAGCAACUUUGUACCCUACAUGAACUUGGUUUAGAUUCUAAAGGACAUUAGGAGAGACUUGAGAGGAACAGCCUUCCUUCAACCCAAGCUGGCAGAGAAGCCCGGGAGGAGGCAAAACUUGAUGUUUUUGGUUUUUGUAAAAGACUAGGGCGGCCUCUAAAAUCGGCAUUAGGCAAGGUUUU